AGUGGUCGGUGUCCAGGCCCAGUGUACAGGCGUUAGCGGGGGAAGAGGCCCUGGUCCGGGGUUUGGCUUGUCCUCGGCGAAUACCCUGGGCAAUAGGGCGAAGUUCCGCCCCGGAAGAUAAAAGUUACAGCUCUUGAGAAAUCCCACGUAGUGACUGACCUGAUUCCUGCAAUCAUGGGCAGAAUCUUCUUGGACCACAUCGGGGGCACUCGUCUCUUCUCCUGCGCCAACUGUGAUACCAUCCUGACCAACCGCUCUGAGCUCAUCUCCACGCGCUUCACUGGAGCCACAGGGAGAGCCUUCCUCUUCAACAAGGUGGUGAACCUCCAGUACAGCGAGGUGCAGGACCGGGUGAUGCUCACCGGCAGACACAUGGUGCGAGACGUCAGCUGCAAGAACUGCAACAGUAAGCUGGGCUGGAUCUAUGAGUUUGCGACCGAGGACAGCCAGCGCUACAAGGAGGGCCGAGUGAUCCUCGAGAGGGCCCUGGUGCGGGAGAGCGAAGGCUUCGAAGAGCACGUUCCCUCCGACGCUUCCUGAGGGGCCCUUCUUUUAGACAAUUCUUUCUCUUCUGUUUUCUGGCUUCAAAGAAGGAAGAAAUACUUUUAUUUAAAAAACAGUUAUCUUUCUUUGGUGUACAGUGUCAGCUUGGCAUCCAGUCUGGCAUGUUGUCAUGUGUCUGUGUACACACUGAUUUAACCUUGCAGCAUUACCAGUAGGCUGACCUCCAUCUGCUUUGUUCUUGUUUUUUUAAUUUAAUUAUUUUAGUACAUUUCUCUAGCUGCCUGUUAUAUGCUAGGUGCCAGCUUGCCUGAGCUUGUAAAUCUGCCCUUUGUGAUCUGGGGUGUGAGGGGGGAAUGGGAGCAAAGUUAUCAUUCUGUUGGGCGGCAGUCCUGGAUGGUGGAUGAUUGGGAGUGAGGUGGGAGCUCCUCAGUACCUGGAUUUAGUCCAGUCUGAGGUAAUACCUUACUGCCUUGAAAUCACUGCUACAC